GGGCGGGGCCUGAGCGGCAGUGUUCUCGGUCAAACGGCGGAAGCGGCGCGGUGUCUCCCAGCGGCUCUCGCGCAUUAAACCUCUACAAUACAACAAGAGCCAUGAAGAUCUGGACGUCAGAACACGUUUUCAACCAUCCGUGGGAAACCGUGACCAAAGCUGCCAUGCAGAAGUACCCAAACCCCAUGAACACCAGCGUGUUUGGCGUGGACGUGUUGGACCGUAACGUGGACCAGCGGGGACGACUGCACAGCAAACGGCUUCUCAGCACCGAAUGGGGCCUGCCGUCCAUCGUUAGAUCGAUAAUUGGCAACAUGCGGACAUGUACGUACAUCCAGGAGCACUCCGUAGUCGAUCCCAAAGAGAAAACCUUUGAGCUUCAGUCCACUAAUAUCACCUUCACUAACAUGGUGUCUGUGGACGAGCGGCUCGUUUACCGACCGCACCCAGAGGACCCGGAAAAGACCAUGCUCACCCAGGAGGCCAUCAUCUCUGUGAAGGGCGUCAGUCUCAGCAGCUAUCUGGAGGGACUCAUGGCCUCCAGCAUCUCCAGCAAUGCAGGAAAGGGUCGUGAGGCGAUGGAGUGGGUGAUCAGACGUCUGAACACAGAGAUCGAGGAGCUCGCCAUCACAGCCAGAGGAACCCUGAGGACACCUAUGGCCGCCGCCGCCGUCACCGAGAAAUGACCGCCUUCCUCUCUGUCGCCGCUCUUCUCCACGCGUCUUUCUCCAGUGGUGGAAGUUCGUUCUCGGCGUCCUGUGCACUCAAGCGUCUACAUUAGAGGCUGACGGGGACACGGCCUGAGCUUUAACAUCGACCGACAAACUCUCAAACCUAGUUUUAAUGAAUCAGUAUAACGGGACACACACAUGCUCUCUGAUGCGAUGAUGGAAGAGGAGCGUAUGCCAAACCAUUCAGCUCUGUUACACAUGACUCUUACAGUCAGAGAGCGCAGCUGUUGGACGCUUCACCAGCACUUAUACACUUGAAAACUGUUAGUAAUAUUAACUACUAUUAUACUAGUUACACUUAAUCCAAGCAUCAAGGAAGGGAACAAACUAAUCCAGACUAGAUUUGAAGAGGACCAUCGCGGAUUCGCUGGAUUUUUCAGACGCUGAGCACUGAAGAUCAUCAUCAUCAUCAUCAUCAUCAUCGAGAAUGUGCUAUAUAAUGUUAAUGUCUCCUUCCCUCGGUAGUGAACAUUUGUGCUCUUGCUGUGACUGUAAGUGGGGUGUUGGAUCCGGAUGUGAUGAUGGGAAACAUCAGAAGAGGGUGAAAUACAUUCUAUUUAUUUAUUUAUUUUUGGUAGGUUUAUGUUAUUUCAUGCAUCCAUGAAUCACGACGUCAUUAUCUUCAUCGUCAGCGAUGGGUAACAUGAAUAAAU